ACUGAAAACUCUCCUGCUCCGUGAGUACUUUCACUGUGAAUACUUCAGGAUUUGAAUGCAGGACCUUGACUGGUAUCGCAGUAUUUCCACCGUGCGGUGCUGGUACUUUAACUUGCUCCGCCAUCAUCUCCACAUCAGGACCCGCACGUCACGCGGCGUGUACGUCAGCAGCAGCAGCGGCGACACGCCAAGGGGAGGGGGCGCGUGGGGCGGCGGUUGGAACAUACAUGCAUGCGAAACACACACACGCGACGUUUCCCGCCGCUGCUCCUGCACGAGACCGACACCGUACGUUCGAUUGGACCGAUCGAUCCGCCGCCGCACGAGGAUGGAUUCCUGAGCGGGAAACGAGGAAACCAUGGCAACGCGUUUUAGCUGACGCACCGACAGAUCACCGUUCGGCACAGUUUCCUCCUGUGGGACGGCUGGUAGUGAAGGCAGUUGUUAGCUGCAGCUCCGGCUGAUGCUGGAUGGCGAGUCAGGAGUUCAUCACGACGGCUGCUGAGGCGCUUCACACGCCGUAAACACGUCAGGCGUUGGACUUUGUCGUCCUGUGGACUUCACACCUGAGGCCUGCAGCUCCGUGGUGAAGCAUGUCGUCCUCCUCCUCCUCGUCCUCCUCCUCCUCAGAGCUGCCCUACUUUUGUCCUCGCUGUGGGGACGGCUUUCGUUUCUCGUCUGUACCUGAGCUCCGGGCUCACCUGGUCAUCCGGCACACCUACGAGACGCUGCUGGUGCUGUCGCAGGCUCGGGUCAGAAGCUCCAGACCCGGCGCUCUCCUCCCGCUGCCCGGCCAAGCUGCGUCCCGGACACAGAGCCGUCCUCUGGCCGUGGACACCCGCUCCCUGCCGCUGACCUGCCUGGACCUCGCCUCACCCGCCGCCUCCAUGCAGCUGCUCGGGGACACGUUCAGCCCCUGCCACCGCUCCGUCCCCUCUUCUGCGGGACGUCCGGAGGAGCCCUCCACCGCCCUGGCCCUCCCCGGCUCUCUGCAGCCUCAUCCCGGGAAGGCCCUCGGUGACGCGGCGGUCCGGCUGGGCCUGGAGUUGGGGCUGUCGGUGGGCAUCGGGCUGGAGGAGAGGCUCGGGUUGGGGCUGGAUCAUAAAAUCGCACGGACGUUUGCGGAGGUGGAGGAGCGGGUGAACCGGCGCGUGAGCCGACUGAAGGCGGAGCUUCAGAGGAGGGAGGCGGAGCUGGAGCUGCGGAGGCGAGAUGAGGAGCGGCUGAGGAGUGAGAAACAGGAAGUGGAGGAGAGGGCAGCCUACCUGUCCAGACAGGUGUCUGCUGCCGUGGAGAUGAUGGAGCAGCUGAAGAAAGAUCUGGAAGGAAAGGAGAGAGAGCUGCGAGAACGACAGCAGGAGAUGGUGGACAUCGAGUGUUUCCUGAGGGACACGGCAGAGAAGGAGGCCGAGGCCAAAUGCCGACUGCAGGUGUUCAUCGAGACGCUGCUGGAGCGAGCCGACCUCGCGGAGAGACAGUUACUGCUGCUCACCACGCACACGCACCACGGCCGCAGGUACGCGCACGCAGAGGGAGACGCACCUGUACCUGGCCGAGGAGGACGCAGUCUGGACGGCAGCACGGAUGACAUCAUCGCAAACAAGAUGCGGGAAACCAUCGGCAACCGGAGGAGUUACAGCGUUUCAGGCUCCUACAGACUGGGAGAGCAGCUGCGUAGCCAACAUCCCUACAGGUUUGGCGAGGGAGGAAGUGGGAGAACGUGGACCAAAAGAAACCAUCGUCACCACAGCACUGAGGAGGAGGAGGAGGAGGAGGAAGAGGAGGAAGCAUUCUGGAGUUGUGCUGAGAUGAGGAGACUUGAUUUUGCCAAGACACACACACCUGGUUCAGAAACCCCCUCCUCCUUCUGCUCCACUCCCACCCGUUGUCAUAGCGACAAACAUCUGGGGGCGGACGCCCUGAGGCUGAGGGCGGGGCUUUUCUGCGUGUUUCCAUAUUUGGACGUACACUCCUUGCUGUGUGCGGCUGAGGUGUGCUCUGAUUGGCGGUUUGUUGCUCGGCACCCGGCGGUUUGGAUGCGCCUCCGGCUGGAGAACGCCAGGGUGUCGGCUGAGUUCCUGAGCACCCUGUCUCAGUGGUGCACUCAGACGCAGUCGGUGGUUCUCAACAACCUGAAGCCUCGAAGCAGACGAGCCGACGAGUCGCGAGAGGAUUACCACAAGAACACUCGAGGCAGCCUGGAGCCCGGGGUGGAGGCCCUGCUGCGGUCAGCAGGGGGCAGCCUGCUCCACCUGUCUGUCUCUCAGUGUCCUCACAUCCUCACAGACAGGACGCUGUGGCUCGCCAGCUGCUACUGCAGGAACCUGCGGACGCUCACAUACAGGAGUUCGUCAGAUCCUCUCAGUCAGGAGGUUCUCUGGGCCCUGGGUGCAGGCUGCAGGAACAUCAUCGGCCUGCAGGUGGCGCCAGCUCACCCUUGCCAACAACCCACUCGUUUUGGAAACCAUUGCCUGCAGACGAUUGGUCGAUGCUGGCCACACCUCCGCUCAGUCAGUGUGGGCGGGGCCAGCUGUGGGACUCAGGGAUUGGUUGCUUUGGUGCGUAGCUGCGCUGAGCUGCAGGUGUUGGUGCUGGAGCGUAUUACCGACCUCGGCCUGCAGGUGGCGACAGAGCUGUGUAAAGCAGGACUGAGGAGUCUGGAAACGCUGAUCCUGACGCACACACCUGUGAGCGGUCAGGCCAUCCUGCAUUUCCACAGUGUGUGUGCUAACGUCAGAGCUAUCAGGGUCGUGGUUUCUGUGGCGGACUACUUUGAAGAACCGGACACUCAGGAAGCUCAACAUCUGUUUGGAGAAAUUCUCGCCACACUGAAGGUUCUUCAGAAGCGUCCUGGACUGUGUGAUGUCUUGCAGGUCCAAGUGGAAGGGUUCUGCUGACCUCAACACACACACGCACACACGCACACACACACACACACACACACAAACCUUCAAGGUGAACACGUCCAACAGAUCUCAUCAGUUAACUACAGCCUUUAUUCAAACUUUAUUUCUCUGAAAUCUCUCACUUUUUCUACCACAUUUAAGUCUUUUUUUGCACUGUAUAAAGAAAACCGUGAACUCAAACCUUCACCAAAUCUUUUAUUCUCCUGUAAGAUUCUGUAUUUUGGACCAAACCUGAACCUUGAGAAAACCUUGAAUUUAUCUGUAAGUCUCUCUUUGUCCAGCUUUGCUUUUACCUGCAUCCCCUUCAGGUGUUAACAUGAAGGUCCAGCCAACAGUAUUAGCAAUAAGGAUGUUCAGAAAAUCCUCGUAUUCCACCUUAAAAAGCCAUAAUUGUUGUACUGAAGUGAUCGAUUCUGUGAAAGCGUUUUCCUUCAGCGUCACACUGAAAAUAAGCACAAGAACACACACACAUUAAUACUGUAGAUUUGCACAAGAUUCACUGACUCAUAACCAAAGACAUCAAUCAAUCAGCCAAUCAAUCAGAUGUGUUGGAGCUGUCGAUGGAAAAGCCAAUCCCUCACGUGUCUUUCAACAUCUUUAUUGAACUUAAAGGUGCUACGUGUGUCGUUUUACCAUCAAUAAAUCGCUUUCUCGCCA